AUGAGUUAGUUAGGCUCAUGAAUUUUGAACACACAAUUUGUUUAGUGAUUUCAUGAGCUGCUCAAAACUAUUUGUAGCAUUAAUGCAAUUUGCAAAUUCUCUUUUCUUUGUAAAAGAGUACCAAAAUUAUGUCAAACCAGUGGUUAAGGUUGUGAUUGGUUAGUUCUUUUAUGUGGGAAUCGUGUUGGAUUCACAUAUGUGAUCAAACCAUGGAUACUUAUAGCCACUUAGCAGUGGCAGUGCAACACACGUUAUGCUAGCUAGUUGGUAUGCUUACAGGGUGUUUGUUUUGUUGUCUCAGAGAGGUGCAGGGAGGGGACUCAUGGUCGAGGGUGAAAUUUCAGAAUUCAGUUAUGCUACCUAGUGCCUAGUGGGUCUUAGGAAAGGACCCUAAACAUCUUUCAUUCACAGAAGCAUCAUAUUCUGUUUCACAUGUUGUUGAUCUGAGUGACUUGUAUUGUAAAUUUUUAUGGCAUAUUUAGGGUGUCAGCAAAGGACAAGCAUCAUAUUGAAUUUGAUUCCUCUUGGAAUUCAAUUCUGAUUCUCCCUCAGUUGUUGGGCUCCUUUUCUUUAUUUGAGUUGGUGUUCUGUUAUGCCUUGACUUGUUUGGGACUUCCACACUCACUCUCUCCAACACAGCUUCUUCACACUGGUUCUGUUGGAUCUGGUUCAGCAUUUCCCUCUCCAUUUCUUGGUCUUUCAACCAUGAAUGCACUAGCAGCCACCAACAGGAACUUUAGGUUGGCCUCUCGGCUUCUUGGAUUGGAUUCCAAGCUUGAGAAAAGUUUGCUGAUUCCAUUCAGGGAAAUCAAGGUGGAAUGUACCAUACCUAAAGACGACGGCACGUUGCAAUCUUAUGUUGGGUUCAGGAUUCAACAUGAUAAUGCAAGAGGCCCUAUGAAAGGAGGAAUCAGAUACCAUCCUGAGGUUGACCCAGAUGAAGUGAAUGCUUUAGCACAACUAAUGACAUGGAAAACAGCUGUAGCAAAUAUACCAUAUGGUGGUGCCAAAGGAGGAAUUGGCUGUAACCCAGGAGAGUUAAGCAUAUCUGAGUUAGAAAGACUUACAAGAGUUUUUACCCAGAAAAUUCAUGAUCUGAUUGGAACUCACACUGAUGUUCCAGCACCUGAUAUGGGGACAGGGCCACAGACCAUGGCAUGGAUACUAGAUGAGUAUUCCAAAUUUCAUGGUUAUUCUCCUGCUGUAGUGACUGGAAAACCAAUAGAUCUUGGUGGGUCUCUAGGAAGAGACGCAGCAACAGGACGAGGAGUCCUCUUUGCAACAGAGGCUUUGCUUAAUGAGCAUGGGAAGAGUGUAUCGGGACAACGGUUUGUCAUACAGGGUUUUGGAAAUGUGGGGUCUUGGGCUGCCCAAUUGAUUAGUGAGAAAGGUGGAAAAGUUGUUGCUGUGAGUGAUGUAACUGGAGCCAUUAAGAACAGCGAAGGCAUUGACAUACCAAGCCUACUCCAGCAUUCCAAAGAGCACAAAGGUGUAAAAGGAUUCCACGGUGGUGAUACAAUUGAUCCUCAAUCAAUUUUGGUUGAAGAUUGUGAUGUUCUAAUCCCAGCAGCACUUGGGGGUGUCAUCAAUAGGGAAAACGCAAAUGAAAUCAAGGCCAAGUUUAUUGUUGAAGCAGCCAACCACCCCACUGACCCAGAGGCUGAUGAGAUCCUGAGGAAAAAAGGUGUUGUGAUCCUCCCAGACAUAUAUGCAAAUUCAGGAGGCGUUACAGUUAGCUACUUUGAGUGGGUUCAGAACAUUCAAGGGUUCAUGUGGGAAGAGGAGAAAGUGAACAAUGAGCUAAAGAAAUACAUGACCAGAGGUUUCAAAGAUGUGAAGGAGAUGUGCAAAACCCAUGAAUGUGAUUUUCGUAUGGGAGCUUUCACCCUGGGAGUUAACCGUGUGGCACGAGCUACUCUCCUUAGGGGUUGGGAAGCAUGAAAUCCUGCAGCUGCUGCUUUGAAUAAAAGAGCUUCAGUCUCAGUUACACUUAUUCUUGCUACACAAAGUUCUUGUUGCUUUCAUUUGUCGGGUGAAUUAUAUUGUUCCCACCCCAUAAUUUUAUUGGAUCCAUUUUAUGUCUGAUUUAACAAAGAGGGCUCUUACACUGUUCUUGA